CAGAACGUAGAUCAAAAAUGAAAUCGAAAAUGUCCUUUGAAAUGUGUAAUUUGUCAAUAUUCAAAAUAUGAAGUAAUUUAUAACUAUUUACAAGUUGAUUGUUUCAUAUUUACUUGGAAACCCACCAUAUACACCAAUACAUCUGUUUUGUUAUUACGUGAUAUAUUUUUUCCUAGAACCGGUGGAGGUUAUGAAAUGAGAACAUCUUUUUAAUUUAUUAUUUUUUCUGAAACCCUAUUGAAAGGUUAUGAAAUACUAAACAAACUGAAGUUAUUACGUAAACAUGUCGAGAAUUCUGCACAAUCGUUUGAGAUCAUCAUAUAAAAAAUCAGCACAAUGGACAAUUGUAGACAAGAGAGCCGUGGCAUUCUCCGUGUGGACGGGUCGCAGCGUACUCCUGCACAAGCCCAUAGACACCAGUCAUGUGCAACGGAGGAAGUACGGCAUGCUGGUUGCAAGAGCCGUCAGGGGGAUGCUGAAGAUUAGGUACCUGGUCCUCGGAGGUGCUCUUGGUGGGGGAAUGACUUUGAAUAAGAAAUAUGCAGAAUGGAAGGACGGUCUACCCGACAUGGGCUGGCUGAACGACCUGCUGCCUGACAAUGACCAAUGGGAUCAGUUCACUACCACCCUCAUUAAUGCUAAGGAGAGGAUCGGAGACAACCUGCAGAUAGGUGCGCCACUGACGCUGUCGCUGCACAUAGAUCCUCGGCUGCGGGAAGCGGGGCUGGCGCGGGCGGGCGAGCUCAAGGCCUGGCUGGCGCAGCGCUACGAGGAUGCCGUGGCUGCGGCCGCUGCCAACAAUGCUAGUCUUGUGGAAAUUUCAGAGCAACCGCAGAAGAUUGUGAACAACUUGCAAAGUCGGCCGAUGCCGUCCGUUGCUCGGGGUCCCAACGAAGAUACUACUGCUUAUGAGAAGCGCGUCCACGCACUACAAGAAGAGGUGCUAGCGCUGCAAGCUCGCUACCAGCGCGAGCUGCAGCGCCUGGAGCAGGAGAACAGGGAACUGCGGCAGCAGAACAUGCUGCUGCGUCAGGGGAGACAGCCCAGCACUAGGAAGAUGAAGCGUUCCCUGAUCGACAUGUACUCGGCAGUGCUGGACGAGCUGUCGGGCUGGGACGCGGGCGACACGGACCGGCUGCCGCGCGUGGUGGUGGUGGGCGACCAGUCGGCCGGCAAGACCUCCGUGCUCGAGAUGAUCGCGCAGGCCCGCAUCUUCCCGCGCGGCGCCGGGGAGAUGUGCACCAGAGCUCCAGUGAAAGUGACGCUAUCAGAGGGUCCGUACCACGUGGCGCAGUUCCGCGACUCGGCGCGGGAGUUCGAUCUCAACAAGGAGUCUGAUCUCGCUGAUUUGAGGAAGGAAGUAGAACUCCGUAUGCGCAACAGCGUCCGCGGCGGCCGCACCGUCUCCACCGAGGUCAUCUCCAUGGCCGUCAAGGGACCCGGCCUGCAUCGCAUGGUGUUGGUGGACCUGCCCGGUGUCAUCUCUACACAAACAGUGGACAUGGCGUCGGACACUCGCGACGCUAUCAAACAGAUGACGAAGCAGUACAUGGACAACCCCAACGCUAUUAUACUUUGCAUACAGGACGGUUCAGUAGACGCGGAGCGCAGCAACGUGACGGACUUGGUGUCGUCGUGUGACCCGAGCGGCAAGCGAACCAUCUUCGUGCUCACCAAAGUCGAUCUCGCUGAGGAGAAUCUCGCUAAUCCUAACCGGAUCCGUCGCAUCCUAGAAGGCAAGUUGUUCCCCAUGAGAGCUCUGGGCUACUACGCCGUGGUCACUGGACGAUCGCGCAAGGACGACUCCAUACAAAGCAUCAGGGAAUAUGAAGAGAGGUUCUUCCGAUCGUCGAAACUAUUUAAGGACGGGCUGGUAACGCCGUCGCAGGUGACGACCCGCAACCUGUCGCUGGCGGUGGCGGACUGCUUCUGGCGCAUGGUGCGGGCGUCGGUGGAGCAGCAGGCCGACGCCUUCAAGGCCAUGCGCUUCAACCUCGAGACCGAGUGGAAGAACACCUUCCCCAGACAACGCGAACUAGACCGCGACGAACUAUUCGAGCGAGCUAGAGCUGAGCUACUCGACCAAUCAGCCGAACUAUCGGCCGUAGCGGCCGCAGCCUGGGAACUGCGGCUGCAGCAGGCUCUGUGGCAAGCCGCGGCUGAUAGAGUCUUCGGCAACAUCUACCUACCCGCGGCCGCUAAUGCGCAGGCUGAUGUCGUUUCUCUGCCGGUGCCGCGGCCUCUAAAGCUGAAUGCGGCGGAUGGCACCCCGGCGCCCUCGAUAUGGUUGGACCCUUACGAUUAUGAUUCUAACAAAUUCAACACAGCAGUAGACAUAAAGCUCCGCGAAUGGGCAGAAGCCGAACUCCCCAACGCUUCCAUCCGAGCUGGUCGCGAGGCCCUACGCGAGGAGUUCUCCGAGCUGAUGGCUCGGGCUCGGGACUCGGACCCGGUGUACGAGCCCGUGAAGAAGGAGGCUGUUGAGGAGGCGCUGAGGAGGCACCAGUGGGAGGAUCGGGCGCAGGACGUGCUACGAGUGCUACAACUGAACGCGCUACAGGACCGCUGCGUAUCAUCGCGUCAGGACUGGGACGCCGCCGUGUCGCUCAUGGACCAGGCCCUCAAGCAGCGCCUCGACAUCACGCACCAAGAGCUCAAGGAACUUACCGGACCCGGUAUGAAAGAGCGCUGGCUAUACUGGCAGUCACCAUCAGACGAACAAUCCCGACGCAGCGAAGUCAGAGCUGAACUGGAAAGACUUGGAGUAGCCAGACCAGUCCUAGCGUAUGAUGAGGUGGUCGCCGUCAGAGAUAACCUUAGGAGGAAGGGCAUUGAGGUCGAUAAUGACUAUAUAAGGGAGACUUGGAAACCUGUUUACCUUAGGAAUUUCCUUCAGCGUGCACAAACCCGAGCCCGCGACUGUCGGAAGAGCUUCUACCUGUACAGCCAACAGAAUGGAAACGGGAAAGAAUGCUGCGAAGUAGUAAUGUUUUGGCGAGUGCAGCAAACGUUACGUACCACCGCCAACGCGCUGCGGCAACAGAUCGGCAACCGCGAGGCCGCCCGCCUGGACCGCGAGCUCAGGGAGGUCUUAGACGAGAUGGCAGCCGACCCGGAACUAAAGAAGAAACUGUUAUCCGGCAGAAGAGUAGAGCUAGCAGAAGAACUUAAGCGAGUGAGACAAGUCCAGGAGAAACUAGAGGAAUUCAUAGAGGCGCUUAACAAAGAGAAAUAGUUGAUAAUUGUACAUUGUAGUUACGCGAUAUGUAUGUACUCUAUACUUAGCGGAUCAAUCGCCAAUGCACUUGUCAUUAACAUUGUUAUAUAAAAGCUGUUUCCUGCGGUUUCACCCGCGUCCACUGGGAACUACUGCCCGUCAUCUUCCGAGCCUUUUUCCCAACUAUGUUGGAGUCGGCUACCAGUCUUACCAGAUGCAGCUGAGUACCAGUGUGCAUGGAGCGACCUCCUCAACCCAGUUACAGUACCCGUUGGUGAGACCGGUGUCUGACUACCCGUAAUGACUGCCAAGGAUGUACAAUGACAGCUGGGUUAACACCUAGAUACUUUAUCGUAUCUGGAUAAAACAUAGCCUAUGCUACUCAAGGAUAAUGUAGCUUCCCAACAGUGAAAGAAUUUUUAAAUGCGGCUUAGAAGUUUCGGCCCCUUUAUGUUGAUAUAAAAGUAAAAAUUCACCUAAAAACUAGUGUAAAUAAUACCUAUUUGUCGUUUAAAAAGUAUUUUUCAUUCUAUCCUUAUUUAUGGAAUGUACCAGCAAUUGAUUUUGUUUAUUUUCGUUAUGAAUAUGGGGAAUAAAGGAAAGGAAGUGAUUAGUAUAUUUCAUCUACCCUUGAUAACUAGUGUGCGUCACAUAACUUUGCAAAUAGGAAGUAACUUACUACCACUUAAUUUGACGGCUGAUGUGGUUUGUUAAUAUAUUUUUAAUUGUAGCCAACUUCGGACAAGCAAAGCUUCUCGACAAUAUCUGUACGAAUAAAUUCGCAACGAGUCAAAAAAACUUAAUGAUUACAAAGUUAUGUAACUGUAGGAGUUAUUAAAAAGAUUAAUUCGUAAUAUGGAAUUUAGACUGUUUAUUGAAAGUCUAAUAAAGCAUUUCUACUGGCAACAAUUUUUUUUUUUCUUUACUGAUCACUGUUACAAUAAUGACAAAAAUUCACCUAUGUGUAAACUAUGAAAUAUGUAUGGUUUCAUAUAACAGGCAUUUUUACGUAAACCCAUGAAGAAAAGUGUAUGAUUGAUUUAGUUUGUAUCUUGUAUGAUUAUUUAUAAUGUGACAAACCAGUGUAAAUGGUAUUAUGUACUUUUAGGUAGUUCCUAAGUAAUUUGGGAGUAAAAAUACCUUUACUUUUCGAGUUCUUCCUAUGAAGGUAGCACUAGACUUUAGUUAGUUAGAAAUUGUUAACGAAAUGAGCAAGAGUUAUUUUUCAUGUUUUGCCCAACUGUGGGAAAUGAAAUGGCAAGUUUUGGCUGAUGUAUAUGUAAAUUUAGACUAAGAACUAUAUUCAAACGAUUCUAUUAAAAGUUCUAAUGAUAACAGAAAUGGUAUUUUUGAGGCCUAUGACCAACUGUGGAUCGUAUAACUAAUGAAUAUCUCAAUAAAUAGAUUAUAACUGUUAUAUAACUGGUCAUAGUUUAUAAGGUAAGAUUAUAAUGUUACCAAAUAUCUAGUUGAUGUUAUAUUUUUGUCGUGUAAUCAGCUGAUUUUUCAUGUAAUUUAAUUUCAAGCUAUUUACUCAUAUAUCACUUCUACUGUAUUUAUGGAUUCACAUAAUUUUCAAUUUUCACUUAAUUCUUAUUACGCUACUCAGAUAAAAUAAAUCUUAUGUACUACCUAGCUAGACCUUUUUGAAGCAAUUAUGAUUUUGUAAAUGAUGUAUGAAAAGUUACAUUUUGCAAAUGUAUAGUUUCAAAUUUAUAAAUAACUAUUUGAAUGGGCAUACAUACUUAUGAUAAAUGAAGUGAAUAAAUGUUCCCUUUGUUAACAAAUGCAUUGGCGAUAGUCCCUAUGUUGUAUUAUUUUGUUAUUAAUUUAACUGCUUGAUCUAAGUUGUCUUUUAAUAAAACGUUAAGAAAAU